AUUCGUCUUCCACUCCUCACGGAGACCCGAGCACGGGUAACCCCCCCACAGCAGCAACUCAACCGAUCCUGCGAAUCUUGUAGGAGCCUAAAAGUCCGCUGUCUCCCCAACCCAUCUACUCCAAAUCAAUGCCAGCGAUGUGCCAAAAGCAGGAAAUCUUGUGUGUUUGUGGCCCCGCAGAGGCGGCGGCCCCGGAAGCGCACCGACUCCAGAGUUGCUCAGCUGGAAAAGGAGAUGCGGAUGAUGAGGUCUUUGCUGAAGGGUCGAAUUCGCGAAGAAAGUGAACCAGAGUCGGAUGGCAGCGAGGCUUCUCAAGAGGAAGGCGAUGAUGGGGAACUGGAAUACCAAGGGAACGUGGGCGCCAUGCCUGAAUCUUCGUCCAACUCGGCGCGCCUUAUGGACUACUCCCCCGAGUACGGCGAUGGCUCAUAUCCCAGCAUGCAUGGAAGUGCUGUGUUUCCGGCCCAGCCCACGCUAUCCGGUCUGCACAUGAACUUCCUCGCUGAACCAAAUAAGCACAAUGAGGACGUGAUCGAUCGGGGCAUCAUUACCCUCGAUGAUGCGGAGCAGCUGGUAGCAUUCUUCAUCCAGGAGCAGUCGUCGAUUUUCCCCAUGGUGAUGUUCCCUCAGACUACCACCGCCGCCCAUUUACGCCAGGCAAAGCCGGUUCUUUUUCUUUCCGUCAUCACUGCUGCGGCAAUCUCUAUCGACUCGGGCCUCGCAGCGGUCCUCAGCCGUGAGAUGGUCCGGCUGUAUGCAGACCGGUUCUUCAUCGAGGGUGAAAAGUCCCUCGAGCUGGUGCAGGCCGUUAUCCUCAUGAUCAUCUACUACCUGCCUCCCCGAUCGCCACUGCGGUUGCAGUUCUACCAGUACACACAUAUUGCGGCGACAAUGGCGCUGGAGAUCGGAUUGGCGACCAAACGCCGGGUCUCGAAAAAGAGCGAUCGCAAACAAGCGAUAUAUGACGAAUCGUUGGCGGAACAGGCGAGGGCUGUCUUGGGGUGCUAUCACCUUGGGUCCAUUGUAGCGAUGAAGACCAGGCGGCCAAAUUUGCUGCAGUUUAAUGACUGGAUAUCCGAAUGCAUAACACAGCUAGAACAGUCGCCUCAUCGAUCAGACCAACAAUUGGCUGUGUGGUUCGAGCUCCAGCGGAUCACCGACGAGGCGAAAUCUUCGUUUGGUCUGGACGACACCAGCACAUCCUCACCAUUAACGGAAUCCCGCGUCCAAGCUGUACUGAGAUGGUUUGACAAGCGGAUGGAUACUUGGCGAAAGACCGCGCCGAUGGAAAUGCUCACAGUCCCAAUGAUUCUCGAAUACCGGUCUGCCAUCCUCGCAAUGUACGAACUCGGCGUAGGGGAAGGCUACCGUGACCCAGAUGCCAUUAAACGCCGAUACUUCGUCCUUCCAACACUAGAGGGUGGCGGUGCGAAUCCUCCCGAGGAGAGUCAAAUGAGUGCGAUACGGAUCGAUAUCAAUGUCAAGUGGAUGAACGCAGCUCACGAGCUGCUAGAAGCAGUCCUCACCUGCAGCGCAGAGACCCUGCGCCGGUUGCCCAAUCUCAUGUUCACUCGGUUCGGCAUGGCAAUGACCUCGCUAAUGAAAAUCCAUUUCUCUGUGCGCACGAGUACGCUCGGCGAAGUUGUCACGCCCGAAACUGUUAAUCUCAGCUACUACCUCGACGCGAUGGCUGCGAAGCUCGGAGACGCGAGCGGGGGGGUAAAUACGAGAUUCCUAAUCGGUGGUUCCAUGUCAUCGGCACAAAAGGUCGGCACUGGUACGAGAGGCUCGAAUCGCGAUAUGCAGGCCUGCAGGCUGGGAAUGUGCAAAUUCCUCCUGGUCCUGGCCCGGCGCCAGGCCCAGGUUCAACAAGCUCAGGCAAUAGCCACGGCCCUUCUCAUGGGCCAGGUCCAGGGAUGGUCUCGGAACCCCCCCGGCACUACACCCGAGUAUAGCCCUGUGGUGUCUAUGCCCGGAACCCAGGCGCCCACAUCACAUAUGGAUUCUUUCCCCAUGACCACAGGCGUGCCACACAUGCCGCCUGGGAUCGAGCCUGCUUAUGUGCCCAUGAAUAACCCGGGUAUAUGGCACAUGGACAGUCAAGGGCAGGGUCCAUUCUUCCAAUCCAUGCCACCCGGUUAUUCGCAGCAAACCUCGCUCCCGCCACAGUUCGCUUAUGAACCACAGCCUCUUCCGCCUCAGAGCGCCCCGCCUGGGCCUCCUCCUGGGAGGGGGACGGGGAUGGAGUUGGAUGGGUGGUUGCCGGAUGGAAGUAUCUUUGGCAUGCCGCCUUUGCCUGAGCUUUAA